CAGGCAUCGUGAGGCGUUGGAUGAAUAUAUGGGAGCUUUUCGACCAAGAAGAAUAUGCAGCCACUUGCACAGUGCUUGAAAUACUUGACUCCGAGGCACUCCAAAUCAAACCGAAUGAGAAGAAACUCGACGAUAUACAUGAAACCUGGGUCAAGUGAAAAGACAAUGAGUUUGUCACGUCGAGAAGUUAUACCAGGACACGAUUAUUUCUUUUUGCUUCCUUUCUGGCGGACAGGUUCGCUUUGUGGGGAAAUUUAGAGAAUGCAAUUCUUAUUGCGAAGCAGAUGGUGGAGCUACAGACAACGGACGGCACGUGGCAUUCUUCUAAACCAUUGCGAUCGAAUGUGUUAUUGUGUGCACGAUGCAAGCUCGCUGGGUUUUACAUUGCUGCUGAGAGAGUUGACGAAGCCAUAGAACAGUUGCAAACACUAAGGUCCGACCUGUGGGAUUCCUACAGCAACAGCUCUCUACUGCCACGAACACUGGCAUGGUUCAGAAUGCUCAGAAAUACCAGCCGUUGGUUUCGGGAUGUCUGGUGUACAGGACAUUUGCAAAGAUACAGGGAAGCUUUCCAGGCUGAAUUUCUCAGUGCAGACGCGGAUCAGCGAGAUGUGGAGGCACGAAUGCGAGGUGCCGGCCUACCAGACAAUGAAAUUAUGCCAAUACGAGACUUUCCUAUGUACCAGAUGGCUAAGGUGUUGGCGCAGCAGCAGCAGCAGAGAGAUAUCAUAAUGUGGGAUGUGCCUUGGAAAAGUUAUACACUGUGUCUCCUCAAGAGUUCAAGGAAGGGGCAGGUCCGGUGGCGAUACCUCCGAUCGAGAUACCGUAAACCACUUACCGACCAAGAUCGUAUUGACGAAUUAUACAAGAUAUACAAGGAACCAGCGAAGGAGGAUACUUAGAGAGAAUGUGAUGGGCCUUUGGUCCAUAGGUUGUGAAAUGCAGUCAGGACAUUGCAAGAUGGCAUGGAUGACAGCUGAGACGGUGCUUGGAAUUGCUGGUUUCAAUAUCUCAGGAUACAUCGAUAGAAAUGCAAAACAGUGCUAUUCAUCAAAAUCGGCUGAGCUACAUGUGUCAAAAUGCCAGCUCGAAGGCACACCUUCAUUUGAGAGUAAGUGAAAAAUGGUAUACGUAUCAUGGAAACAUGUGAUGUAUCCGCUUCUGUUUCAACAUCUACUAUUUGAAACUGAAUACUGUAGAACGAGCCGACGACUAUACAAG